AUGGGGACCACAAUUUUGUGGCAGCAGCUUUCGUCCAAGCAGCUCAAUCUCGCUAUUCGUGUUUUCUCUCUCGUUUGUAUUUUCUUCGAGGGAUAUGACCAAGGCGUGAUGGGAGGAGUCAAUUCGGCGCCGAUAUAUGUCACUCAAGUGGGGAUUGGAAAUGCGGAUGGGACUGUGACAGAUGCGACGCAUCAAGGUGGUCUUGUCAGUAUUUAUUACCUUGGGUGCAUCUUCGGCUGCUUUGCAGGUGGCUGGUUAGCAGAUCGAGUUGGUCGCAUCAACGGUCUUUUUAUCGGCUCGUUGUUCGCUCUUAUAGGGGGCGCUUUACAAGCAGCUAUCACCAGCUCAGACUUCAUGUUGAUUGCGCGCGUGAUAGCUGGCAUCGGCACAGGAGCAUUGACUGGAAUAACCCCGGUGCUGGUAUCGGAGACCUCUUCUGCGGACCAUCGAGGCGGCUUUCUGGGUUAUGUCUUCAUCGCCAAUUAUCUGGGAAUCUCCAUCGCAUAUUGGUUGUCAUUUGGCCUUGGCGUUUAUCCAGGAGGGCUACACCGAUUUUAG